CGUUAUUCUCAUCACUGUGCGCGAACCGAACACACGAUCACGCGAACACACACCCGGUAACGGCGGCGGAGUCGUGAUUAAUCAGCGCGAUGAGUGGCGGAGUGUACGGCGGAGGUGAGACGAGCGAUCACACAUCACCAUGACAACCGCAUCCAGCAUCCCGCCCUCACGAGAAAAUACUGUGCGGGUACCAUGUUCAUACAGAGCAUGCUAUUAUUCAUGUACGAUGAAGUAGGUGCUUUAGUGUUUGAUAUCGGUUCUUUCUCCACCAGAGCAGGAUAUGCUGGAGAGGACUGCCCGAAGGCAGAUUUCCCCACCUCUAUUGGAGUGCACACCGAGGAGGAGGAGGGGCAAGUAGACAUGGGGGCGGAGCAAGAGCACAGCAGUGGGCGGAGCUACUACAUAGACACCACAGCGCUGCAUGUGCCACGAGCGGGUGUAGAGCUCAUCUCUCCACUCAAGAACGGCAUGAUUGAAGACUGGAAUGCUUUUCAAGCCAUAAUCGACCACAUCUACAGCAAACACAUCAAAUCUGAACCUAGUUUACACCCGGUGCUCAUGUCUGAAGCUCCAUGGAACUCACGGGCGAAGAGGGAGAAGUUAACUGAACUGAUUUUUGAGCAUUACAACAUUCCUGCAUUCUUCCUGUGCAAGACUGCGGUGCUCACCGCCUUUGCUAAUGGGCGUGCCACUGGACUCGUCCUGGACAGUGGAGCGACACACACGACUGCCAUCCCAGUGCAUGAUGGGUACGUCCUGCAGCAAGGGAUUGUGAAGUCUCCUCUGGCAGGUGAUUUCAUUACCAUGCAGUGCCGCGAGUUAUUUCAGGAGAUAAACAUCGAAACUGUUCCUCCGUACAUGAUCGCCUCAAAGGAGCCUGUGCGGGAGGGCGCUCCUCCAGUCUGGACCAAGAAAGACAAACUCCCUCCUGUCACAAAGUCCUGGCACACCUACAUGUGCAAUGAGGUUGUUCAGGAUUUUCAGGCGUCUGUGCUGCAGGUGUCUGACUCUCCGUACGAUGAACAAGUGGCAGCGCAGAUGCCGACGCUUCAUUACGAGAUGCCGAACGGCUACAGCACAGAUUAUGGAGCAGAGAGACUGCGGAUUCCAGAGGGCCUGUUCGAUCCCUCCAAUGUGAAGGGUCUGUCUGGUAACACCAUGCUGGGGGUCGGACACGUAGUCACUACCAGCAUCGGCAUGUGUGACAUCGACAUCAGACCGGGUCUGUAUGGUAGUGUGAUUGUGACGGGGGGAAACACACUCCUGCAGGGGUUCACAGAGAGACUGAACAGAGAACUGUCUCAGAAAGCACCACCGAGUAUGCGACUGAAGCUCAUCGCCUGUAACAGCUCUAUAGAGAGGAGAUUCAGUUCCUGGAUUGGAGGAUCAAUUCUAGCAUCACUGGGCACCUUCCAACAGAUGUGGAUCUCAAAGCAGGAGUAUGACGAGGGAGGAAAACAGAGUGUGGAGAGAAAAUGUCCCUGAUACACAAACACACACAUGCAUGUGAAUAUUACUGCUGUACAGUUUACAGUACUGUUUCAGACACAUGAUUAUCUGAUAGACGUCCUCAUAAACACAAUAAACUGCAGCUCAUGUCACUGUCGUUGUCUUGAUUUCUCAGCGAGUUCACACCUCACCCUCUGGUGCAAGAACUGAACUUCAAAUCUUCUCUAACUUCUGCUUUAACAGAAACUUUUCCUCUCAAAUGAUUUUUCACAUUUGAUAUUUGUUAAAAUGAUACAGUGC